AUGGUGGAGAUAAGGCUGAAAACGAAGCACACGAGCUGCGAAUUCCACCUCGACUUUAAUGAAGUGAAACUACCAGAUGAUGUGAAUAUCCUGAAAGACUUGGAGCAAGAGAUACAAAAUUCUAUUUACCAUUUGAGACGAUCGAAUGAUGAAAUUAAAAAAUUUGAUCCGGAAGGUGCCGACCAGGAUCUCCUCAUGGCACUGAAUGAGAAUAGAUUUUCGUUAUGUAAGAAGGAGGAACGGCUGCGCAUAAUUAAGGACAAGAUACAGAACCUGGAUCCCCCUGUUCCUGAUUUUGUGGGUCAAACAAAUAAGAUAGCUACCCCCAUGAUGUGCACAAGGGAGGGGAACCAGCGCGUGGGAAUUGCCCAUAUACUCAACUGUGAGAUGGGCGAUGAGUACAUUAGUGAUUCGGAUGUGAACGAUCAAUUAAUAGCGAGUGAAGCGAAUGGCGAGGCCUGCAGUGAGGUUGCUGCUCUGUUCGCGGAGGAAACAGAGGAGCAGAAGAAUUCUACGCCCCCUCGCGGGGGAGACGUGUUGGGAAAAGCGCCUCUGUUCGGGACGGAAUCACCUGGUGUGUCUCACCAAGGGUGCGGUCGAAGCCGUGAGGAGCGGUGA